AUGAACAAACUAGAUAAUUCCAAAUUUAGCAGUGAAAUGAAUUAUAAUAGUUUUGUUAAUUACAAUAUUGACAAUAGUUACAAGCUGGAUGAUAGUUACCUUGAGGGCAGUUAUAAGCUUGACAAAAACAACAUCGAAAUCAUGGAUGAUUAUAACAAUUAUAAAAUGGACAAUAACGUUAAAAAUUAUGAUGGCAGAGACAUAUAUAAAAUGAAAAACAAAUUCAGUGCUUACAAAGUAGAGCAGGUUGAUGAUAUUGAUGGCUUUGAAAAUGAUGGUAUCAACAAACACGGUAUUGAAGAUGAGGACACUAAUUAUGAGUUUGUGAACAGCAACAGUAGCACUAACACUGGAUUCAACUCAGUUACUCCACCAAAUAUUCAAAUGAUUAAAUAUAAACUGGAUAGUCAAAAUAAGGCGUUAGCUGAUGACAAGGUGGAUAACAGCUUCGAGGUUUUAGCUGACAAUAGAGAUUAUAUGAAUUUUUAUCAACCUUAUCAAUUCUAUGGCAAUUAUCACAAUGGUUUGAUGAAUCAAAUACCUAGCUUUCCGAUGGCGCCAAACAACUAUAACUCCUUAACUAUGAACAUGGACAGGUUGAACAAUUCAAACAUAAACAGCAUUAAUUUGGAGCCUAUUGUGAGAGAGAACAGUACCAUCGAUAAUGAAAGUAUCGAGGACAUCGACCAAUCAAGUCAAAUGCCAGUGAUUACUGAUAUGAAUUUAAACAAAAAUAUGCAUGAUUCUAUCAGUGAUAGGAUGAUUAACGCUAUUGAUAUGAAUGACAACGAAGCUGACAUAAGGCCACCACCUAACAGAAGUGAUCCUAUUUAUACCUCCAUAAGUGGAUUAAAGUGGAAAAGUAAGAGUAAAAAAUGGGUAGUCCGUUGGGACAACCCUAUUACUAACAGGCGAGUUUACAAGUAUUUUUCUGGUAACAGGUACGGAUUUCUUGGAGCACACAAGAGGGCAAAGUUUUAUUUGGAAUUCCUUAAUGCUUCCGUGGGUAAAAUAAAUUCCACCACUCCCGGAAACCCCUUUUGUAGACGCACAGAGGGCCCUCCUAAGGGUAAGACCAACAAGUCUCUUAUCAGAAAGUACUACUCGAACAACUUUAUACAAUACCCUGACUACAUUAAUAACAACUUUGUUAUGAAUGCUAACAACAACUACCAGCCUAAUUAUGUUCCAAGUAACGGGGAUAAUGGCGAUAUGUCCAACAUUGAUGGUGCCAGCAAUAAUUCAAACAUGGACUAUUUCAACUAUUUUUAUAACAACCAGGAUAAAGCCAAGAAUGUUGAGGCUGGUAGUAGCAUGGACAAUCCUUGGUAUAUAACACAAAAUUUCAAUGUGUUUUAA